GAAGUGCAAAUGGUGCUCUGGCUGGCCAAAGGGAACUAGAGCACCACGGACUGCUCAGUACGAGCAGGGGAGUGUUCCUGGCUGGCUGCUGGGCCUGAACUUGGAUGAGCCCUGAGGACACUACAGUCUUCCAGACAGGAUUAAUCUGUUAACGAUUCUGAUGUGAAGGUGUCAUUGAUGCAUUAAGGACAGUGGUGAUACAAGUGCAGAGCCUGAAUUUCUGCGGGAGAAGGACCAUCACUAAGUAGUUUCAGUCUCUUUGCACAUGGAGGAGAGUCACCCACUGACAGGAUGGAUACAUUUCGCCACACUGACAUAUGGUUUGCUCUAUGCUUCUUGGACACUGAAGAAAACCUGUAAUUAAGGACUCGUCUGGGUGACAGCAUAUGAAAUCACUAGGAGUUAGUGGUCUGCAAAUAUUGAAUGGCGUAUCUACUCAGCAAACAACUGAACUGGUAGACUGAGUUUAACACAUGUCCAGGUUAAAAUUGCAUUCUUCAAGGAGUAUUUGAUGGGUUAUUCCUAGAUACUUCAAAAAGAUUAUUCCAAUCUGAUCACCACACAAACACUGUUACUUUAAUGUUGAAGACGCAGACAAAAGUGCCAUGGAUGUGAAAGAGAGAAAACCAUACCGAUCUCUGACCAGGCGCCGUGACACCGAGCGACGCUACACUAGCUCCUCGGCAGAGAGCGAAGACAGCAAAAUACCGCAAAAGUCCUACAGCUCCAGUGAGACACUGAAGGCUUACGAUCAAGACUCCAGGCUGACCUACAGCAAUCGGGUCAAAGACAUGGUGCACCAGGAGGCUGAUGAAUUCUGCCGAACGGGAGCCAACUUCUCUUUGCGAGAGCUGGGCCUCGACGACGCCAUGCCCACACACGGGACUUUAUACAGGACUGAUAUAGGGCUGCCUCACUGCGGCUACUCCAUCAGUGCUGGCUCAGAUGCUGACACUGAGGCAGAUGCCGUCCUGUCGCCAGAGCACCCGGUGAGGCUCUGGGGACGCAAUACCAAGUCAGGCCGCAGCUCCUGUCUCUCAAGCCGAGCCAACUCCAACCUCACGCUCACCGAUACGGAACACGAAAACACUGAAACUGGUCCUCCUUUGCAUUGUUCAUCCGCUUCAUCAACCCCUAUUGAGCAGUCCCCCUCCCCUCCCCCUCCCCCUGCAGCCAAUGAGAGCCAGAGAAGGUUGCUAGGCAAUGGUGUGGCCCAGCCAACCCAGGACUCUGACUCUGAGGAAGAGUUUGUCCCUAAUUCAUUCUUAGUUAAAAGUGGCUCUGGAAACCUCUGUGUACCUGCCAAUGAUCAUCCUCCAGGUCUUCAGAACCAUUCAAGACUUCGAACUCCUCCACCUCCACUACCACACGCUCACACGCCAAAUCAGCAUCAAGCAGCCUCAAUCAACUCCCUAAACAGAGGGAAUUUCACGCCACGUAGCAACCCCAGCCCUGCUCCUACUGACCACUCUCUUUCUGGAGAGCACCCUGCCAGCACCCAAGAGCCAGCCCAUGCUCAGGACAACUGGUUACUCAACAGCAACAUCCCACUGGAGACUAGAAACAUAGCAAAGCAGACAUUCCUAGAGACAUUGCAGGACAACCUCAUUGAGAUGGACAUUCUCACCUCCUCCCGACAUGACGGUGCUUACAAUGAUGGGCACUUCCUGUUUAAACCCGGAGGCACCUCUCCCCUCUUCUGUACAACAUCGCCGGGAUAUCCCCUGACGUCCAGCACUGUGUACUCACCUCCCCCUAGACCCCUUCCCAGAAGUACCUUCUCUAGGCCUGCCUUUAAUCUGAAGAAACCCUAUAAGUACUGUAACUGGAAAUGUGCUGCUCUGAGUGCCAUUAUCAUCUCAGUCACGCUGGUGAUCCUGCUUGCUUAUUUUAUCGCCAUGCACCUGUUUGGCCUAAACUGGCACCUGCAGCCGAUGGAAGGGCAGAUGUAUGAGAUCACGGAAGACACAGCCAGCAGUUGGCCAGUGCCAACGGACGUCUCCUUAUAUCCCUCGGGGGGCACAGGGUUAGAGUUACCUGACAGGAAAGGCAAAGGAUCCAGUGAAGGAAAGCCCCGUAGUUUCUUUCCGGAGGACAGUUUUAUAGACUCUGGAGAAAUUGAUGUUGGACGACGAGCCACACAGAAGAUUCCUCCUGGUAUCUUUUGGAGAUCUCAAGUGUUCAUUGACCAUCCAGUGCAUCUGAAAUUCAAUGUGUCUUUAGGAAAGGCCGCUCUGAUUGGGAUUUAUGGCAGGAAAGGCCUUCCUCCUUCACAUACCCAGUUUGACUUUGUUGAGCUCCUCGAUGGGAGACGGCUACUUACCCAAGAGGUGAGGAGUCUGGAAGGACCUCAGCGGCAACCUAGAGGCUUUGUGCCAAUGUCCAGUCAUGAGACGGGGUUUAUCCAGUAUUUGGAUACAGGAAUAUGGCAUCUGGCCUUCUACAAUGAUGGCAAAGAGUCCGAGGUGGUUUCUUUUCUUACCACUGCCAUCGAAUCAGUGGAUAAUUGUCCCAGUAACUGCUACGGGAAUGGAGACUGUGUUUCUGGGACCUGCCAUUGCUUCCUCGGCUUUCUGGGUCCCGACUGCGGCAGAGCAUCUUGUCCAGUACUGUGCAGUGGAAAUGGUCAGUACAUGAAAGGGCGGUGUUUAUGCCACAGUGGUUGGAAAGGGGCAGAAUGUGAUGUUCCAACAAACCAGUGCAUUGAUGUAUCCUGCAAUAAUCAUGGCACGUGCAUCAUGGGGACCUGUAUCUGCAAUCCAGGGUACAAGGGGGAGAGCUGCGAAGAAGUGGACUGCAUGGAUCCCACUUGUUCUGGGCGAGGAGUGUGCGUACGGGGAGAAUGUCACUGUUCCGUUGGCUGGGGAGGAACAAAUUGCGAGACACCAAGAGCUACCUGUUUGGACCAGUGCUCUGGACAUGGGACCUUUCUGGCUGAUACCGGGCUCUGCAGCUGCGAUCCUAACUGGACCGGACACGAUUGCUCAAUCGAGAUUUGUGCAGCGGAUUGCGGAGGGCACGGCAUCUGUGUCGGAGGCACCUGCCGCUGCGAGGAGGGAUGGAUGGGCGCAGCCUGUGAUCAGCGGGCGUGUCACCCACGCUGCAAUGAGCAUGGGACAUGUCGGGAUGGCAAGUGUGAAUGCAGCCCGGGCUGGAAUGGAGAGCACUGCACUAUUGCUCACUAUCUGGAUAAGGUAGUGAAAGAGGGGUGCCCUGGACUGUGUCAUGGCAAUGGCAGAUGCACUCUGGACAUGAAUGGCUGGCACUGUGUCUGCCAGCUGGGCUGGAGAGGAGCGGGCUGUGAUACUUCCAUGGAGACAGCGUGCGGCGAUGGAAAAGACAACGAUGGAGAUGGCUUGGUGGACUGUAUGGACCCAGAUUGCUGCUUGCAGCCUUUGUGCCAUGUUAACCCACUGUGCCUGGGCUCACCUGACCCCCUGGAUAUCAUACAGGAGACUCAAACCCCCACAUCCCAACAGAACUUGCACUCUUUCUAUGAUCGAAUCAAGUUCCUGAUUGGCAAGGACAGCACUCACAUCAUCGCGGGAGAGAAUCCAUUCGAUGGAGGCCAUGCGUGUGUGAUUCGAGGUCAGGUGAUAACAUCAGAUGGAACCCCUCUAGUUGGAGUGAACAUCAGUUUUGCCAACAAUCCUCUUUUUGGAUACACAAUCAGCAGGCAAGAUGGCAGCUUUGAUCUCGUCACUAAUGGUGGGAUUUCCAUUAUCUUACACUUCGAGCGGGCUCCCUUCAUCACUCAGGAACACACGCUCUGGCUGCCCUGGGAUCGCUUUUUUGUAAUGGAAACCAUAGUCAUGAGGCAUGAAGAGAAUGAGAUUCCAAGCUGUGAUCUCAGCAAUUUUGCCCGUCCCAAUCCCGUGGUCUCCCCGUCCCCCCUGACAGCAUUUGCAAGUUCCUGUUCGGAGAAAGGCCCCAUUGUUCCAGAAAUUCAGGCCCUGCAAGAGGAGAUUAACAUUGCUGGCAGCAAACUAAAGCUGAGCUACCUGAGCAGCCGCACGGCUGGCUAUAAGUCAGUCUUAAGGAUCAGCAUGACUCAUCCCACCAUCCCCUUCAACCUCAUGAAAGUCCACCUUAUGGUUGCCGUAGAAGGACGCCUCUUUAGAAAGUGGUUUGCAGCUGCCCCGGACCUCUCCUAUUAUUUCAUCUGGGACAAGACGGAUGUCUACAGCCAGAAAGUGUACGGACUGUCAGAAGCCUUUGUUUCCGUGGGCUAUGAAUAUGAAUCAUGUCCUGAUCUGAUCCUGUGGGAGAAGAGGACGGCAGUCCUUCAGGGUUAUGAAAUUGAUGCUUCCAAACUUGGAGGAUGGUCCCUGGACAAACACCAUGCCCUCAACAUACAGACUGGCAUCUUGCAUAAAGGAAAUGGGGAAAACCAAUUUGUCUCUCAGCAGCCACCUGUCAUAGGAAGCAUUAUGGGCAAUGGACGCAGGCGUAGCAUUUCCUGUCCGAGCUGUAAUGGCCUUGCAGAUGGGAACAAACUCCUGGCUCCUGUUGCCCUAACAUGCGGGUCUGAUGGAAGCCUUUAUGUUGGAGACUUCAACUACAUCCGAAGGAUCUUUCCCUCUGGGAAUGUCACCAAUAUACUGGAGCUCAGAAAUAAAGAUUUCAGACAUAGCCACAGUCCAGCUCACAAGUAUUACCUGACAUCAGACCCAAUCACUGGCUCCAUCUACCUCUCUGACACUAACAGCCGACGCAUCUAUAAGAUCAAGUCGACCUCCAUCGUGAAGGAUGUUGUCAAGAAUUCGGAGGUGGUGGCAGGGACUGGGGAUCAGUGCCUUCCCUUUGAUGAAACCCGCUGUGGAGAUGGGGGCAAAGGCACCGAAGCAACACUCACUAACCCCAGGGGCAUCACUGUGGACAAGUUUGGGUUGAUUUACUUUGUAGAUGGCACCAUGAUCAGACGUAUUGACCAGAAUGGGAUUAUCUCAACCAUGCUGGGCUCCAAUGACUUGACAUCUGCCAGGCCUCUCAGCUGUGACUCCGCCAUGGACAUUUCUCAGGUUCGUCUAGAGUGGCCCACAGAUCUGGCAGUCAACCCAAUGGAUAAUUCCCUGUAUGUUCUCGACAAUAACGUUGUGUUGCAGAUCUCUGAAAAUCACCAAGUGCGCAUUGUGGCCGGAAGGCCUAUGCACUGCCAGGUCCCAGGCAUUGAUCACUUCCUCCUCAGCAAAGUGGCAAUACAUGCAACUUUGGAAUCUGCCACGGCUUUGGCCGUCUCCCAUAAUGGGGUCCUGUAUAUCUCUGAGACCGACGAGAAGAAGAUCAACCGCAUCAGGCAGGUCACCACCAAUGGGGAAAUCUCACUUGUUGCUGGUGCACCAAGCAGCUGUGACUGCAAGAAUGAUGCCAACUGUGACUGCUUCUCUGGGGAUGAUGGCUACGCAAAGGAUGCCAAGCUAAAUGCCCCUUCCUCCCUAGCCGUGUGCGCAGAUGGGGAGUUGUAUGUUGCUGACCUUGGAAACAUCCGAAUCCGCUUUAUUCGGAAAAACAAGCCAUACCUCAACACACAGAACUUAUAUGAGUUGUCCUCUCCUAUAGACCAGGAACUCUACUUGUUUGACACCAGCGGUAAACACCUUUAUACCCAGAGCCUACCCACAGGAGAUUACCUUUACAAUUUUACCUACACCGGAGAUGGAGACAUAACCUUGAUCACUGAUAACAAUGGUAACUUAGUCAAUGUCCGGAGAGAUUCUACUGGGAUGCCACUCUGGCUGGUAGUGCCAGACGGGCAGGUCUACUGGGUGACAAUUGGCACCAAUAGCGCCCUCAAGAGCGUGACAGCACAAGGGCAUGAAGUGGGUAUGAUGACGUACCAUGGCAACUCUGGUCUUCUUGCCACCAAGACCAAUGAAAACGGAUGGACAACAUUUUAUGAGUACGACAGCUUUGGACGCCUGACCAACGUCACCUUCCCCACAGGCCAAGUCAGCAGCUUCCGCAGCGAUACCGACAGCUCAGUGCACGUCCAGGUAGAAACCUCCAGCAAGGACGACGUUACCAUAACAACCAAUCUGUCAGCAUCAGGCGCUUUCUACACCCUCCUGCAAGACCAAGUCCGAAACAGCUACUACAUCGGCGCCGAUGGCUCUCUCAGGCUGAUGCUUGCUAACGGCAUGGAGGUAGCACUGCAGACUGAACCCCACCUGCUGGCUGGCACCGUGAACCCGACAGUGGGGAAGAGGAACGUGACCCUGCCCAUCGACAAUGGCCUCAAUCUGGUUGAGUGGAGGCAGCGGAAGGAACAAGCUAGAGGGCAGGUUACCGUCUUUGGACGCAGGCUGAGGGUUCAUAACAGAAACCUGCUGUCCCUCGACUUUGAUCGUGUGACAAGAACAGAAAAAAUCUAUGAUGACCAUCGCAAGUUCACUCUACGGAUCCUGUAUGACCAAGCAGGCAGACCUAGCCUCUGGUCUCCUAGCAGCAGGUUGAAUGGAGUUAACGUGACUUAUUCCCCAGGGGGACACAUUGCAGGGAUCCAGAGGGGAACUAUGUCAGAAAGGAUGGAAUACGAUCAGGCUGGCAGAAUUAUAUCCAGGAUUUUUGCUGACGGAAAAUCAUGGAGCUACACUUACUUAGAGAAGUCCAUGGUGCUGCUUCUCCACAGCCAGAGACAAUACAUCUUUGAGUUUGAUAAGAAUGAUCGAUUGUCAUCAGUCACCAUGCCCAAUGUCGCCCGGCAGACCUUAGAAACCAUCCGGUCCAUCGGAUACUACAGGAACAUCUACCGGCCUCCAGAGGGCAACGCCUCAGUCAUUCAGGAUUUCACUGAGGAAGGGCAGCUCCUUCACACCUUCUACUUGGGAACAGGGAGACGUGUCAUCUACAAGUAUGGCAAGCUGUCCAAGCUAGCUGAAAUGCUCUAUGACACCACUAAGAUUGGCUUCACCUACGAUGAAACUGCUGGUAUGUUGAAGACAAUAAACCUGCAGAAUGAAGGGUUCACCUGUACUAUCAGAUACAGGCAGAUAGGCCCACUCAUCGACCGCCAGAUUUUCCGCUUCACUGAGGAAGGCAUGGUGAAUGCACGCUUCGACUACAAUUAUGAUAACAGCUUCAGGGUGACCAGCAUGCAAGCAGUGAUCAACGAGACACCGUUACCCAUCGAUCUCUACAGAUACGAUGAUGUGUCAGGCAAAACGGAGCAAUUUGGUAAAUUUGGGGUCAUCUACUAUGACAUCAAUCAGAUUAUCACCACUGCCGUCAUGACUCACACUAAGCACUUCGACGCCUAUGGCAGGAUGAAGGAGGUCCAGUAUGAAAUAUUCAGGUCACUCAUGUACUGGAUGACUGUGCAGUACGACAACAUGGGGAGAGUGGUGAAGAAGGAGUUGAAGGUCGGACCAUAUGCAAACACGUCAAGGUACUCUUACGAGUACGAUGCUGAUGGCCAGCUGCAGACAGUGUCUAUCAAUGACAAACCACUCUGGCGUUACAGUUAUGACCUCAAUGGAAACCUCCAUUUGUUGAGUCCUGGGAACAGUGCCCGUCUUACCCCCCUAAGGUAUGACCUCAGGGACAGGAUUACAAGACUGGGGGAUGUGCAGUACAAAAUGGAUGAAGAUGGCUUCCUGAGACAAAGGGGAAAUGACAUUUUUGAGUACAACUCAGCAGGCCUGCUCAUUAAAGCAUACAAUAAAGCGAGCGGAUGGAGCGUAAAAUAUCGCUAUGAUGGCCUCGGAAGAAGAGUUUCUAGCAAAACUGCCCAUGGCCACCAUUUACAGUUCUUCUAUGCAGACCUGACCAACCCCACUAAGGUCACCCAUUUGUACAACCAUUCAAGUUCCGAGAUCACCUCCCUUUACUAUGAUCUCCAAGGCCACCUCUUUGCCAUGGAGCUCAGCAGCGGAGAUGAGUUCUACAUAGCCUGUGAUAACAUCGGGACCCCUCUGGCAGUCUUCAGCGGAACGGGCUUAAUGAUCAAGCAGAUACUGUACACAGCAUACGGGGAAAUCUACAUGGACACCAAUCCCAAUUUCCAGGUCAUCAUCGGAUACCAUGGAGGUCUGUACGACCCCCUCACUAAACUCAUCCACAUGGGGCGGCGAGACUAUGAUGUGUUAGCUGGGCGGUGGACAAGCCCAGACCACGAUAUGUGGAAACAUCUGAGCAGCAACAACAUAAUGCCUUUCAACCUUUAUAUGUUCAAAAACAACAACCCUAUUAGCAACGCUCAGGAUAUCAAAUGUUACAUGACAGAUGUCAACAGCUGGCUGCUUACCUUUGGUUUCCAACUACACAAUGUUAUCCCGGGAUAUCCCAAGCCAGAUAUGGAUGCAAUGGAGCCAUCAUAUGAGCUUAUCCACACGCAGAUGAAAACCCAAGAGUGGGACAAUAGCAAGUCAAUCUUGGGAGUGCAGUGUGAAGUGCAGAAACAGCUGAAAGCCUUCGUCACCCUAGAGCGCUUUGAACAGAUCUACAGUUCCAGCAUCGCCGGGUGCCGGCAGCUCAAGGAGAACAAGAACUUUGCCUCGGGAGGAUCUGUCUUCGGCAAAGGGGUCAAGUUUGCCAUGAAGGAUGGGCGUGUGGCCACUGACAUCAUCAGUCUGGCCAACGAGGAUGGGCGCCGGAUUGCAGCUAUUCUGAACAACGCCCACUACCUGGAGAACUUGCACUUCACCAUAGAGGGAGUGGACACACAUUAUUUCGUUAAGCAAGGGCCGUCAGAAAGCGACUUGUCCAUACUGGGCCUCAGUGGCGGGCGGAGAACCCUGGAGAACGGCGUGAACGUUACAGUGUCCCAGAUCAACACAGUGCUUAGUGGAAGGACUAGACGUUACACAGACAUCCAGCUCCAGCAUGGCGCACUGUGUCUAAACACCCGUUAUGGGACCACCUUGGACGAGGAGAAAGCCCGCGUGCUGGAGCUGGCCAGGCAGCGCGCCAUAGCCCAGGCCUGGGCCAGGGAGCAGCAGAGACUGCAGGAUGGGGAGGAGGGCAUUCGCUCAUGGACAGAAGGGGAAAAGCAGCAAGUGCUAAACACGGGCCGGGUGCAGGGCUAUGAUGGCUACUUUGUGAUCUCAGUGGAGCAAUACCCAGAACUCUCAGACAGCGCCAACAACAUCCAUUUUAUGAGACAGAGCGAAAUGGGCAGAAGGUGACAGAGAGGGUCAAUGCGGUGACUUCUUGCCAAAGACAGCUACUCUUUUGUGGCCACUUACCUGACUGUGUUGUACUCAAUCCUUUUUCUAAACUGAACCUGGCUGGGGGAGGAAAAUAAAGAGAGAAAGAAUAUGGUUGCACUGUAACUCAUGCAACAUUCUUUUUUUUUUAUUUUAAAUUUGGCCUUCACGUGUUUUUUGCAAUGAACAGAAGGUAUAUUUUGCCGUAGUGUGAUCACAGUGAAAUUUACUGUCUCUUUGUCCUUUUUUCCCUUUUGUGAGGAAUUUAAAGUGGGGAGUUGUCAACGUACAUCCAUGGGUUACUCGGUGUGAAGUGAGAAAUGGGUGUCUGUGCUAACUUGUUUCAUCCUAAUCCUUUCUUAUUUGGGACAGGGACAGAUAGCCUUCGACCCGAAGAACAGCUCAGAAACGCUGGGCACGCUGGAAACGGAUGACAAUGAUUCCAAAUCUCUCAAAGUGACUGUCUGAAUCGUGUGCCUCAAAAGAGAACUUACAAGGAGUUUUCACCUUUCACUUGGGACAGAAAGUGUUUCUUGGGCUCCUGCUGCACAGAAGUAGAUUAUAGAGGCAAAAGGAGCUGGAUAUAUUAACUUGCAAGAUGAUUCUCUUCCUUCCUGAACUGGAAUUAAAAAAACCGUCUUUUUCAUUAUGAUAGUAGAUUUUUUUUCUCUUUCUUUUUGGGUCCAUGCGCAAAUCCUGUUUUUAGUUUAAAAAGCCAGUAAAGGCCAAGAAAGAUCCUCCCACUCUAUUGGAAAAUAUCCUCUCUUGUGCCUAGAGCUGUUCUCUAGGUGGGUUGAAUGCACCGAAGUUGUAGACAUAACCUCAUUAAAUACAUAGUAUUUCAGUACACCAGGUUGUGUGUUCAGCAGUCCGCUGGGCUGUCCAAUAAAGCAACUUCAUUUUAGGAAGCUAAUUUGAGUCUGUAAGUAGUAGGAUAGUCUCCCACUGACGUACCAUUGAAGAGUGCAGCAAAUCCAUUCUCCAGAAUUCUUGCUUUUGGGGGCUGUCUUUAUUAGCCUGGAAACUGGCUUUCAUUCAAACUAAAUCAUUUAUGACUGUGGCAAACAUGCCUCUCUGGGACUCUGGCAGCAGGGAAUUUAAAACGUUUAAUAAGCAGCAGGAGGGGAAAUAUUAGAACCAACCCUCUAACUGUUCCUUCCCCCUUUCGCCCCACUGGGACACCAAAAAGCUCAAAUUAUAUGAGUAGCCCAGUGAGGGUUAACAGCGAACAAGGAGGCGUUUGAAUAGAAAUGCCCACUAGAGAGGGGCCCAAAUAGUUUACAAGAAACUGCUGACAAAGUUGCUCGACAUGCUAAUGUAAUUUGUACUCACAUAAGCCCCGUGCUGUAGUAUGUGCAAGAGUCCUGGUGAUUCAAGUGAACAAGGAGACUGAGCUGAGCUUCUUCCUGAGAAAAUUCUCUACCGAUACGGGGCAUUGCUGCAGUCAGAGAAACACAGGUGUGAUGCCAUCCAGACCUCUGGAUGACCUGGCUCUGACAGAGUCAGCGUUCACCCACACACACCCCUGAACUUUCACUGGCUGUCAGAGAGCAGCUCAAAACCUCUUACAUGGUCUGAAAUUUUUAACUUCUUGUCAUCUUCAGUUUUGGCUUCCAGGUUCUAACCAGAGACAGAUUGAGCCAUGCCAAAACACCACAACAAGAGAGGUUUCACAGCCGGCCCUUGGAGCAUGGUGUUCUAUAGUCCCCUAAAAUCACGCCCUCUUCCACUGCACCCACCAAGCUCAGCAAACCCCACCACCAGCAUCACUGCCUUGUGCCAAGACGGUAUCCCCGGGUCUACUCAGUUACCGGAUAGCAAGAAGGCUGGAAAGGACUCAGUGGGCACAAACUCCAUGGAUAGAGAAAAUUGUGGUGGCCCCAGUUCUAUCACAGCUUCCCUGUAGAUCCAGAACUUGUCUGUCUCUGUUCUUACGGCCCCCUCCUGGCUGUUCUCAUGCUUUUGCCAGAUGGAAGUGAAGGAAAUCCCCCAAGAGAGCCUGUUAUUCCUAAAAUUUUUAACCUAAUGUUACAGACCCAGUGAGAGGCACAUUGAGAGUUUUAGAUUCUGACCUUAACUGACCCCAAACACAGACCCAUGUGAGGUUCACACAUCUCUGAUGCUUACCUACCAUCCUGCUGCUUUCAUAAUUCCUCCUGGCUUUCAGGAAAGGGAGUGUUUUUGACACAGUAACUCAGUGUUAUUCUUUGAACUUCACCUUGCAGAGCAGGAAGAGCGUUGGCCAGGACUGAACUGGCAAGCAUCCUUUAUGGAGAAAUACAUUGGCAGGAGUAAAUAGCAAGUAGUGGUAAGUCUUGAAAAAUCAGCACCAGUUCUGUCGGAGUGGCUUCACUCUCUGGAAGGAGGAGGUUCUGAAACAGAGCAGAGCAAAUGCUGGCUGAAAAUGAAUGAGCUGCCCAUCUUCAAGCCUAGUGUGUUAUAAAACCGUUCCGUACACCACCUCUUCCUUUUAACGCUACUCUGUCAAAGUGUAGCAGAGAACAGAGGGAAGCCUCAUGUAUCCAUUCUCAUCGGUUUGUUAAAAAUGUAAUGGGGAUUUUACGAUGGUAAAUCGGCUACAUUUACAUGGAGUAGAGGAAAGGAAAUUCAAGUAUGAAACACUCCCAAUGGAAACCUUGCUGGACUGAGAUGCUACCUUUAUAGCCUUACCCAGAGUCUUCAGGUUAUUACACAAGUAAUGAAUCCAGGUAGGUCUCCCAUUUUUCAUGAGUCUCACAAAUCUGCCUGUAGCCGAGAGCAAUCCAAAUCCACAUCGUGGCAAAAAUCAGUGCAGAUUAGAUUUACUCUUUGUUCUCAAGCAAUGUGCUGGGUCUAAAACUGCUCAACUUCCCAUUAAAGUCCAUUAGUGUCCUGUAGUUGGAGUCUGUGCACAGCCCAGGAAAUGGAGGAGUCAUUAUUUUGAAUCUCUUCUCUCCUGACUUUUAAAUAGCUCCUUUAACAGAAUGAUGUUUUUCUAGCACUAACUAAGACAAAACCUAAACAAUCGAUCAAGGAGACAGUUGACUACUUGUGUCUGCAGCAUUAUUAAUGGCAGAGCAAUAGUUUUAAGAGAAGUUUGGGAUGUCUCCCACUCAUCUUACUGGGGGUGAAAACUUGAAAGGCUAUUUACUAUCCUGGCACCAUAAGAUUCCCCUUGUCCUGCCAUAAGGGUCUUGUCUACAAGAGCCCAGUGUUUUUCUGUGGAGUUCACCCUCCAGGGUAAGGGGAAUGUUAAAAAAUCAAGGGCUGCAUGACCAUUUGUUAACUGUUGCCCUGCUGAACAAAAUACCACAUGCAGCUACCCAUCAUUGAUUACAGUAUAUAAAUAUCUACAUAGAGAACAAAUAUUUAAUAACGGGUUCUUUAAUCUAGCAGAGAAAGGUCUAAGACGGUCGAACGGCUGGAAGUUGAAGGUAGACAAAUUCAGACUGGAAAUAAGGGGUACAUUUCUAACGGUGAGAGUAACUAACCAUUGGAACAAUUUACCAAGGGUCAUGGUGGAUUCUUCCAUUGCUGAUCAUUUUUAAAUUAUGUUUUUGUAAAAGCUCUGCUCCAGGAAUUGUUUUGGGGAAGGUCUAUGGCCUGUGUUAUACAGGAGGUCAGACUAGAUGAUCACAGUGGUUCCUUAUGAGUUUGGAAUCUGUGAAUAGAUCUUUCCCGUAUGGCACCUGUAGCCUGACAUUCCAUUUAUAUCCCAUACUUACAGUGGGUGGCUCUGUCCCCCUCUUGGGGCUGAACCACACAGAGGUUUAUGGGUCUGCUACUGACUUUUUGCUAAAAGAGUUUGAUCUCAGGCAGUAGAGGUUUGUGCUUUUCCGGUGCAGAAGUCCUAAGCUCGAUCCCUACAGCCUACCCUGAGGCGUUACCCUAAAUAUUCAUUUUAAUGGUAAUUGUGUGGGAAUCACUGCCAGGACCAAGGCUAGCAUGGAACAGCCGGGUUUAGUUUCUGACUCUGAAUAAGCACACGUCCUGCCCCAAAAGAAUUCCAGACCCUGGCACAUUUCCCUCAAAAUGUAACAAGUGCGACUCAGCAAAUUCAAGUUACAAUGAAUUGUGUUUGAAGAGCGACUGCUGACCUUUAAAUCUAGGUUGUGGAGGGUAUACUAGACUAAUCAAUUCACAGUCUAGGCCAGCGGUAUCAAGGACAAGCACCCACAGGUCUGAGUCUGCACUCAGACAAAACUCCCAUUGGAUUAGUGGACGUUUUUGCCUACAUGUCGACUUGAGGAUCAAGCCACAUGUGCUGAAAUGUGUGUAUUUUUAAGCAAAAUUGGACCUGGCACCUGUAUCAUCUGGACCAGACUCAUAGCAGGUCGGUCUCUGCAGCAGACAAUUCUACUGCACUCUUCAACCUUGUUUUAAAUGAUCCAACAAUGGAGCUUCCAGCUGUGCCCAUAGGAAAUUCACAUUGCAGGAUGGAUAGCUGCAUCUUUUUCCCUUUUCCUGCCACUACAGAGAGGAAUCAGUGCAGAUUUUUGUCCCCUGCAGAUUUGGCUCACUCCUUUCUCUGACUUUCAUUAUUCAGAAGGCAUUGCAUUUGUGUAGCAAUUGCAGCCCCCGCUAGACUCAUUUAGCACUGCAAGAUGUACUGCAAUGUUUGUUUCCUCCAAGCUUUUUUGGACAGAAAUUGUCUAUCCAGAGCUUGGAAUAUAUCAUGAAGCACCAGUGACCGGAGGGACUCAUACAGCGCAUCGAAUCUUUGUCAUUACUGCUAUUGAUCAGAGCCAUGGCAAAAAUGGGCCAACAAAUCUAAAAAAUACCAGGCAAGAACAGAAUAGAUGGAGGCUGUUAAGUGACCUCAUGCUUGAUUUGCGUUUAAAAGACCGAUGACUGAGAGCUGUCCUCAAGACAUCAUUUGGCUGUAGGUUAGGAACAGUGAGGGAAUUCUGCCCUGUAUCUGUGGUCGCUUUACUGAGCUGAGGGAACGGUAAGAUUCUGCUCAGGCUGGUAAACGGACGCUGCAACAAGAAUAAAUCAAAAUUGGUUAAAAAAAAAAAAAUCUAAUAAAGCACCUUUUCAGCUGUGACUUGUAAGUGUCACCAUGAUAAAUGACAGUGCAAUCCAUUAUGCAAAGACAAGACUCCUAACAGGAAAUUUUAGAAUUUGAUUUUCUGAUUUACAGCGAGGGCCCCCGUCAUAUUUAUAGCACGGCCGUCUGUUUUGAUUCAAUCGCAGCGUAAAUGAAACCAGGGCCACAGAUCUCAGCAAUGCGGCUGCUCUUUAAACACCGAGGGGGCAUAAACACACAAUGUUAAUAAUGGAGCUAAAGAUUGCUUGGCUUGUUGACUGGUAUUUGGUUUAUCUUUGUGUUUGGCAGUGAAGGGCUGUAUCUUAGCACGGUUGAACCUGGGUAAGACACAUAACAAUUGUGUUCAUAACGGUGCACCCUGUAACAGGCCCUUUGGUGAAAUAAACUUUGGCCCUUGUUAUCUUGAAACACACAAUCCACCAUCCCUGCAUAGCAUAGCAUAUAGCAAGCCUCACAGGAACCCAGUGUGUUAGCCACUGGCUUGUUCAUUUUUGUUAGUGUUAAUACUGUCCUUAUUCGGACUGAAAGAUUUUCACCAUUUCUUUUCUAUUAUAGCUCAUAGUAAGUAUUUAACUAUAUUAUUUUCCCAAGUUACAAACAAGGUUUUACUGAUUUUAAACAAAAUUAAGCCAAUGGACUUUAACUGUAGGGUACAUUUAACUAAAAUCCUCCAGGAUUGGAGAGUGAUUUUUUAAAAGACACACUGUUUGCAUUGUACAAAGUGAUCAGUUUCAAAAUUUAUAUCCUGUUUCAGAAUGCCCCUCCCACUAAAUGUACCUUGUUUAAGGAAGGCUAUAUCAUGUCCUGAUGGCUGUGAUCUUAUUUCCUAUAGUGAUAUAUCAAGCUGUGUUAUUUGAACUGAAAACAGUCUGAAAUGUAAAAAAAAAAAAAAAAAAAAAGGUGGGGGUAGACAGCAAAAUUAUUGUCUCUCUCCUGUUUAUAGCAAUUUUAAAAAGUUGUGCUUAUAAUAAAAUGUUACAUGGCUUAACUGUUAACCCCCAUCCAGGAGGGGAAUGGUAUUUGGGCAGAGGAGCCCUGAAAACUCCAAGUGAACACCAACUAAAACUGUUCUGGCAAAGAAUAGGUCCAACUGCAGGACAGUUUCAGUGAUGUGACUGAAGUAACAAAUCGAAGCAUCACACGUUUCUGUUAAAACAAAUAAAUCUGCUUAUUUUGCAUGAGGCCUUCUGAAUGCAGCUACAGUCUAGAAGGAGGACUUUGUAGCAAAGCUCAGCUGUACUGCCAACAUAGGAGCCUCUUGUCAUUACCAGGUGUAAUAAUUUUCCUGAAGUCUGGAACUAAUUUUUGAGAAUUUUUUUUUCUCAACACUUUGUGUUUCUAACACUGUAUUCUUGACUGUGUAAAUACGACAAGGCUGUACAUAAGUGCAAAUGUAGAUACCUUCUAGAAAAACAAACAGAAGUGACCGUGUGUAGCCUUCGGUGACAAAUAAAAGAAUAUUUUGUGUUUAAAGGGUUUUUAUUUUUGCCAUCGUGUAAAGGUUAACUCUAGAUAUCAUACCCCAGAGUCACUUGGCUAAUGAGCAGGGUAAUUCAGAAGAAUAGAGUACGUAAGAUGAGCUCAGUUCUAAAACUCUCUCCCCAAAGACAUUGCUCCUUGUCUAAAUGGAUUUUUAGUGUCUAGUUUGUGAAGCAAAGAGGAAUAUACGCUCACUUUCUAACAGUGAAUUCAUAAACACCCGUCUACAAGAUCAGGGCCUGGGAAUCAUAGUGCAUUCAGGCCUUGCAUGUAAGAGACAGUUGAGGCAGUUUAUUUAAAAUAGUUUUUGUAAAUUCUGUUUGGUUCAGUAUAAAAGUGGAAUAUUUCAGGAAUAUUUCAGGCAUAAAACUUGUGCCUACUUGAUUUAAGAUGACCUGAAAUAUGCCUGUUUUCAACAGAAAUAGAAGCAGCCACACAGACUUUUGCAAUGUUUGAACUAAAUCAGUUUGUGUCAAACCACUGCAGCUUUCUUGUGUAGAUAAGUUCUCAGUUCCAUUCCUGCCUUUGCCACCAAGGCACUUAACAUGUCUCUGCCUUCUUGUGUGGAAAGGGUGUAAUAAUCCCUACCUCCUGAGGGCCAUGGGGGAGGGAAUGUGGGUAUCUGGGCUAGGGGGGUCCUGCGGAUGGGCUCGGGGUGGGAGGGAGUGUGGGUACCUGGCCUAGGGGGGGCCCCAUGGCAGGGCUCUGGGGGGAAGGGAGAGGGUGUAUUGGCUGGAGGGGAGCCGCACGGCUGUGCUCUGGGGUGGGGGGGGAGCAGUGGGCAGAGAACCAGGGAUGGGGUUGUCAUAGGGGUGUCUUUCACUCUCUACUCCUGGGGGAAUUGUUGUGUGUGUCUGUAUUGUUACAGACAUACUUGCUGACAGGUGUUUUGAAAUAAAUUACAAAAAUAAUU